AUGCGGCGAUACAUGGCAGCAUAUGUGGAGCUGACGGUGCGGGAGAUGGUAGAGAAUGAGUUCGGCUCUGACAAUAUCGCUGUUCACCUCGAGCGGAUCAAGGAAUGUUUGGAGAAGUGCGACCUUAUGUCCGUGUUUGAUCUUGAUAGCGAGACAGGGAUGAAGGAGAUUGAUGUGGUUAUGCUUCAGGCUUUACUCAAAGCCUAUAAGAACCAGGUUAUUGAUCAGUUGCGGCUAGCCCUUGCAUGGAACAGAAUUGAUGUUGCAAAGAGUGAUAUCUUCACUGACGAUAAACAAUGGCCGACAGGUAUUUUGGACGAUGUCAUGUUCUCGGCAAUUCAGCUCAACCGUGUAGAUUUCAUAGAGCUAUUUUUAGACCAUGGGGUCAGCUUACACGAAUUUCUCACCAAAAAGCGUCUUCUUCAACUCUACAACAGGAUACCAAACAAUUGCUUGUUGCGAUCACUACUUACAAAGAUCAAGGUCAGAGAAGAUCCUCAAAGAAAGAACUUUUCAUUGCUUGAUGUGGGCAUGCUGAUACAGAGCCUGAUGGGGGACACGUUCAACCCUACAUACAUGACUAAGCCAGAGUACGCAAACAUCGACGUAGAUCACUUACUUGACGACGACGCACCAGCGAAAACAACUGAGACUGGCCUAAAAGAUAUCGCAAUGGUCAUGUUAAAUCCGGCAAGAGGCCUUGAUGAUAUAGACGGAAAACUGAAGAAGCCUAAUGAGAAACCACUUCCCGACUUUGAACAGCCCUGCCAGGAUCUGUUCAUCUGGUCCAUCCUAAUGAUACAACAGGAUAUGGCCAAGACAUUCUGGGUCGAGGGCAAGGAUGCCAUAGCGACUGCUCUCGUUGGAUACAACCUGUUGAAAAUGUUGCAGAAGAAGACGGACUAUACAGAGUUUGUCAUCACCAUUCAAGGCUGCAUUGACGAAUGGUCUGAAUUGGCGGUUGGGGUCCUAAGCGAGUGUUAUACGACAGACGAACGCAACGCACAGGAUCUUCUCAUGCGGGAACUGUCUAACUGGGGCAACAUGACAUGCAUGAUGAUUGCCGUGAAGGCUGUUAACAAGGAGUUCAUCUCACAGACCGCAUGUCAGUCGGUCUUGAACAGUAUCUGGCAUGGCAAACUGGCUCCGGAGAACAGCGUGUUAAGGCUUUUCGUCUGCAUGUGUUUCCCCUUCUUGAUUGUGCCCCUGCUCAAGUUCAACCUGCGCAUGGACCCCUCUUCCAGCUGCUACCAUCCACAAGCCAUGGCAUCAGGGUCCCAGCCCCGGAAAGUGUGCUCUAGGCACCAGCCUUCACAGAGCAAACCCAACCCGCCUUUAAGCCAGAAGUCGAAGCCAAAGCUGUACAAAAUGGAGAACCGCUUUUCGAAAACGUCUGAUUAUUCUGAGGUACAGAAGCCUAAUGAACUGCAUAUCACACCAGGACAAAAGCUGUAUUACUUUUUCACUGCUCCAGUGAUCAUCUUCAUGUAUAAUGUGCUUUCCUACUUUGGCUUCCUGAGUCUGUACACGUAUGUUCUGAUAUUCAACUUCGCGCCAACGGUGUCCGUUCUGGAAUUGGUGCUUAUGGUGUGGGUGUUCACGAUAUUAUCGGAGGAAGUGCGACAGGUGGUCACCAGGUCCUCUACCACUCUUGUUUCCAAACUGAAAAGCUACGUCACCGACAGCUGGAACAUCGUUGACAUUAUUACAAUUAUUCUGUUUAUAAUUGGGAUGAUCAUGCGUUUCUUGCCGUACAAGGACACGUUCGAAGCUGCACGCGUGGUCCUUGCCUUGAAUUUUGUCUCGUUUUGCAUGCGUCUGCUGCACAUUUUCUCUGUGCACAAACAGCUGGGGCCCAAACUGGUCAUGAUUGGAAAAAUGGUACAAGACAUGAUGUUCUUCCUCGUAAUACUGAUGAUAUUUGUUGUGUCGUACGGAAUCGCUUCGCACUCAAUCCUGUACCCAAACUCCCCUCUGGCCUGGAGCACGGUCUUGCAAGUCAUCAAAAAGUCCUACUGGAACGUAUACGAGGAGUUGUUUUUGGAUGAAAUUGAAGGUAACACGAAAUGCACGUUUGAUGAGAUACUGUGGGGUAACGGUACCUACCCACGCUGCCCCAGUAACGUUGGCCGGGUAAUCGUUCCGAUUCUAAUGGGUGUCUACGUGUUGUUGGCCAACGUUUUACUUCUCAAUCUUCUCAUUGCCAUGUUCAGCUAUACUUUCACCAAAGUUCAGGACAACACAGACAAGCACUGGUGUUUUCAGCGUUAUUCCUUAAUCUACGAGUACUAUGAACGGCCCGUGCUGUGUCCACCGCUGAUUAUGUUAACCCAGUUAUACCUGCUUGUUCGGUAUAUUGUUACAUCGCUGUGUGGCUCGAGAUUAAAACACCAGGACUCAAGCAAUGACUUUAUUUCAGGACGAAAAUUAAAACAUGACCGCGAGCUGGUUCAAUGGGAAGAUGUAAUAGCUGACGCCUACCACCAGAAAAAAGAACAGAAAAAAUCCAGAGUAUGGAAUUCAAAGUCAUGUCUUCAAAUGACAUGCUGAAGGCUCUUAUGAAUCGCAUAGAUGACCUUCAACAGCAGCAGCGCAAAUCCGAGCAGUUUUUGUGUGACAUCGAGUCAAGCGAUCAUGUGACACCAUUGUCGCCUACCAACGUCAAAGCCAAACUGUCACCAGAUCUCGACAGUCGACUGGCAAGUCUUGAACAACAGAUACAAUGGAUUGUAAAGACCCUGAAGUGGAGCAGCCUCGUUGACGGUCACCUUCCUGCCUCUCCGACUGAACAACGUGUAUGAACGGAAACGACUCGUGAUCGCAGAUAUGACUUAACGGACCGAAUAUGAAAAAAUAAAAGCUCGUCUGAUGUUU